GGGCCCAAGCCGCGGGCCGGUGAUUACCCCGCGGGCUGUGGCGGUGCGGGGUGCACGUGCCGCUGGGCGUACCGGGCUCGCGGUCAUCAUGGGCGAGACUGAGAAGCUGUAUUAUGUGUAUAGCUGCGACCUGGAUAUGAACGUGCAACUGAAGAUAGGAAGUCUGGAAGGGAAAAGAGAACAGAAGAGUUACAAAGCUCUCUUGGAAGACCCAAUGCUGAAAUUCUCAGGACUGUAUCAAGAGACUUGCUCUGACUUGUAUGUAACUUGUCAGGUGUUUGCAGAAGGGAAGCCUCUUGCUCUUCCAGUUAGAACUUCCUACAAAGCUUUUAGCACUAGAUGGAACUGGAAUGAGUGGCUGAAACUGCCUGUGAAGUAUCCAGACCUGCCUCGCAAUGCUCAGGUGGCUCUAACCAUCUGGGAUGUGUAUGGACCUGGUAAAGCAGUUCCUGUGGGAGGAACAACAGUCUCGCUCUUUGGGAAAUAUGGUAUGUUUCGUCAAGGAAUGCAUGAUUUGAAAGUCUGGCCCAAUGUAGAAGCUGAUGGCUCGGAACCCACCAGAACUCCUGGGAGAACGAGCAGUACAGUCUCUGAAGAUCAAAUGAGCCGCUUGGCAAAGCUCACUAAGUCUCAUCGACAAGGUCACAUGGUGAAAGUGGACUGGCUGGACAGACUGACCUUUAGAGAAAUAGAAAUGAUCAAUGAGAGGGAAAAACGAAGUUCUAAUUUCAUGUACCUGAUGAUUGAAUUCCGUUGCGUCAAGAGUGAUGAUAAAGAAUAUGGAAUAGUUUACUACGAAAAGGAUGGUGAUGAGUCAUCUCCAGUUUUAACAAGUUCUGAAAUUGUUAAGAUUCCAGAUCCACAAAUGUCUAUGGAGAACUUAGUAGAAAGCAAACAUCACAAGCUUGCUCGAAGUUUAAGAAGUGGACCUUCUGAUCAUGAUCUGAAGCCCAAUGCGGCUACUCGAGAUCAGCUUAAUAUCAUUGUGAGUUACCCACCAACAAAACAGCUAACAUACGAGGAACAGGAUCUAGUUUGGAAAUUCAGAUAUUACCUUACUAACCAGGAGAAGGCCUUGACAAAAUUCUUGAAAUGUGUUAACUGGGACCUUCCACAAGAGGCAAAGCAAGCGCUGGAGCUGCUGGGCAAGUGGAAACCAAUGGAUGUGGAGGACUCCUUAGAACUUCUAUCAUCUCACUUCACAAAUCCAACAGUUCGACGAUAUGCUGUUGCUAGACUUCAGCAGGCUGAUGAUGAGGAUUUACUAAUGUACCUACUGCAGCUAGUCCAAGCAUUGAAAUAUGAAAACUUUGAUGACAUAAAAAAUGGACUGGAACCUAGCAAGAGGGAUAGUCAAGGUUCAAUGUCAGAAAGCAUGACAACAUCUGGAACUAAUGGUACAGAAAUAGACAGUUCCCAGAUCAUGACUCCUAUUCCGUCUGUCUCCUCACCACCUCUAACUUCAAAAAUGAAGGAACCUGCAGACAAUGAGAACCUUGAUCAAGAUCUUUGUACAUUCUUGAUAUCACGAGCAUGCAAAAAUUCUACGUUGGCAAACUACUUAUACUGGUAUGUAAUUGUGGAAUGUGAAGACCAAGACACUCAGCAGAGGGACCCAAAGACUCACGAAAUGUACCUAAAUGUGAUGAGAAGAUUUAGUCAAGCUUUGCUAAAGGGUGAUAAGUCUGUCAGGGUUAUGCGUUCAUUACUGGCAGCUCAGCAGACAUUUGUGGAUCGGCUGGUUCAUGUAAUGAAAGCAGUGCAGCGUGAAAGUGGAAAUCGUAAGAAAAAGAAUGAGAGGCUUCAGGCAUUGCUAGCAGAUAAUGAAAAGAUGAAUUUAGCAGACAUGGAACUUAUUCCUCUUCCUCUGGAACCUCAGGUGAAAAUUAAAGGAAUAAUCCCAGAAAAAGCCACACUCUUCAAGAGUGCUUUAAUGCCCGCUCAGUUAUUCUUCAAGACAGAAGAUGGAAGCAAAUAUCCUGUAAUUUUUAAGCACGGGGAUGAUUUACGUCAAGAUCAACUUAUUCUUCAGAUAAUUUCACUUAUGGAUAAGCUGCUAAGAAAAGAAAAUCUGGAUUUGAAACUGACGCCGUAUAAAGUGCUGGCUACCAGUACAAAACAUGGCUUCAUGCAGUUUAUUCAGUCAGUGCCAGUUGCAGAAGUUCUUGCUACUGAGGAAAGUAUACAGGUCUGUGAGAACUUCUUCAGAAAGCAUGCACCUAGUGAGACUGGACCUCAUGGAAUAAGUGCAGAGGUGAUGGACACGUAUGUUAAGAGCUGUGCUGGUUAUUGUGUAAUUACUUACAUCCUUGGAGUUGGAGACAGACAUCUGGAUAAUCUUUUACUAACAAAAACAGAUUUCCUAACAUGGAGUUAAAAGCAAUUUCAAGACGUACUAAUUGCAUGCCAGUUGCAUUUUAAUAUUUUAUGUACACUGUUCCUAAUACAGUAGAUAUUAUGGCAAGUAUUCUCAGUUGUCACAUGGAAUUAGACAAAAUCUUCAUAACUUCCCUGAUAUCCAUGAUAAUUCUCGCAGAUUUUGCUUUCUUCUGAAAGAAAUGGUACUGUGAACUUUACAGGUGCUUUUCUAAGGAAUUGAAAACAUGAUGCAACCCCAAACUGGGAAUGCCACAUAAGACCUGGCAGAGCAGCGUUCACUCCAAAAUUUUUUCUUGCUUCUGAACACUUUUUUUUUUUCUUUCUUUUUUUAAAGAAAGCUGAAAAGUAAUAAUCCAAGUGUUCCAUCAGAAUAACUGAUAGUCAGGAUCAUACCAGAGCCCUACUGAAGCUGGGUUUUUAUUUUUCCCAGCUAUUUGUAAAAGUGAUUAGGCUCUUAAUGUCCUACCUGUUACAAGUACAUGAUUGAGGGAACAGAAGUAGUAGAAGUUAUCAUUUAAUUAAAUGAGAUAUAUCACAGAAUUAUAGAAUGGGUUGGUUUGGAAGGGACCUUAAAAAUCUUAUAGUUCCAAUCCUCUGUCACUAGACUAGCCCCAUCCAACCUGGCCUUGAACGCUUCCAGCUGUGGAACAUCUAUUCACAGCUUCUUUAGGCAGCCUGUUCCAGUUUUGAGUCUAAAUCUAUCCUCUGUCUUUUGUCCUGUCUCUACACUCCCUGAUCGGAGUUCCUGCUCGGCUUUCUUGUAGACCUCCGUUACAUACAGGAAUGCUGCUAAAAAAAAGAUGGCAUCUUUUCCUUUGUAACAAAACCCAUGUGUCUUGGAAGUUCAAAAUAACAGACAUGUAUUUGAAUAUCUCUAAUUUGUUUUGUUUGUAUCAUUACUUUUUGUUGCAUGAUAUGUAUUGAUAAUGGGCCCUGUAGAGUGCAUAAUGUUAGUGAUUCUAAAUUACUAAGUUCUGUAAUGGUUUAAAAGAAAUAAUGCAUGGUGUCAGCUAAAAUAAUGAUUAGGACUCAAGAGGUGCAGUCUGUUUAUUUCAAGUUGAAUAGUAUUAUAUAUAAAUGAUCUCUAAUUUGAAGUUAAACAUUUCAUUUUUAAAAGAGUUUGGAAGGUUUAAAAACAAAACCCAAAAUGCCAAUGAAAACAAAAACCCGGAAAUGCUUUCUUACUUAGGAAACUGCUUUUCAAAAAAGCAUCCAUUUUCUUGUUUUUUUUAUUUAGAAUAUUUCAUUUAAUUCUCUUCCCUGCCUCCUGUGUAGCAAAAUAAAAAUGCUGGAUAUCUUCUGUGUUUCAAGUUUCUGUGUUUUCAAGGAAUUCCAGAUAGCUUGCCUUGUUGAUCAACCUAUCUUCUGGAAUUUCUCUGUUUGAAUGAUUAGAAAGCACUUAGCAAGUAUGGAAGAAAAUAGUCUCGGAUGAAUUGUGUUGAGUUUCUCAACUAAGUGGCAGUACAAGAGUUUACCGUCAAGCUAUUCUAACUAAUACAAUUAAUAUCGUAUGAUGGGAGAAGUUAAAUAUUUUAGUUGAAAGUAACUUCAUAGCUAGAUGAAGUGCAGAAACCCUUAAUAAAUAUGGAUAUGGAUUUUUUUUUUUUUGCAUGCUUACUUUUGAACCAUAGCUUCUGUAGGUGUUUUGAUACUUCAAAUGUGUUCAUUUACUUAUGAAGAAAAGUUAGAUGUUUAGUGUUUAUAGUAAAGUAAGCAUCUACUGAAUGACAAAAGUGUAAAUAAAAUAUCUUAUAUGGGGAAAUGAGACAUAUCCACAUGGAUGGCUUUGCAGUAUGCCUGAGGCAUAUGAUGCAGUGACUCAGAGUACUUCAUAUGAAAGUGUUGGAAAUUAAUUCUGGUAGAAUGUCUUGAAGUAAGCUUGUGGGAUAACAGCUAAAGCAAAUAUGUUUUCCCUUAUUUGAUUGCAGUUGUGCAGAUGAACAUUCAAAAAUCUGUCAGGAAGUUUGAAUUAUUUAUAUGACAUGGGUAUAAAGUGUUUUUUAUUACAGUUACUGUUUGCAUAGUCAGACUGAUAAUAACUUAGUUUUUUAGAGGUAAAGCUGUGUUAGGAAGUAACUGUAGCUUAGUUUGACUUACGGGAACAAUUUAAACAGAACAGCAGAGGGCAGUGCAGAACCACAGUAAAUUCAGAGCCUGAAAUUAUUUUCAUUUGCUACCUUUGUUCUUUCACAAGCCAAGACAUUGUAAGUUGUAAGGGAAAGCUAACCUCUUACCUCAAGGAAUGUAAGCUAGAAACACCUUUCUUAAAUGGUAUGAUCAUAUAUGCAUACUCUCUUGUUUAUAUUUAAACAAUUGAAUUUAUUUCUUUCAGUAUCCCUGAACUAGAAAUCCAUGUCUUUUAUUUCUAGCCCUACAAAAAUGUCUCGGGAUCAGAUCUGUUUCACCUCUUAAAGUAUCUUCCCUUUUUUUUUGUUUUGUUUUGUUUUUAUUUUUUUAAAUGUAUAAUA